UGGACAAUAGAGGAAGAGCUCCAGUCAGGUUGUGUUGAGUGAUGUGAUAUCCGCCCUUCUUCAACAUACCAGAGCGUACUCCCUAAACCUCUACCUUUUAUUCCCUCAUUAGUUAUCUUCUGUGAUAAGUGCACUAUAAUAUUGACAUUCCGGUUAUUCAAGGUUUCCUCGCGGUCUGUUUGUUUGGUGUGGAGAUUUCCUUGUGAAUGGGUUAAACUGAAGAACUCACAGGCAGAGACUUCCUUUGAUUCGGGUGCCAGGCUGUAAAGCCUUUCUGCAGAUCAAAGACAGUGCACAUCCACCUACAAUAAACAAACACCCUAAAAAUGCCUCUUGGAUUGGGUCGCAGAAAGAAAGCGUCUCCUCUGGUAGAGAACGAGGAGGCAGAACCCAUCCGGGCUGGGCUGAACGUUUCAGGAGUUGAUAGACUGGAUGGUGGGGUUAGCGUGGGUGAAGGAGCUACCCAGGAGGGCCUGCCACCUCCACCGACCAACAUGCGACCUCGUCUUAUCUUCCACACCCAGCUGGCACACGGCAGUCCCACUGGUCGGAUUGAGGGCUUCAGCAAUGUGCGUGAACUCUAUGCCAAAAUAGGAGAGGCUUUUGGGAUACCUCCAACAGAGGUAAUGUUUUGCACACUGAAUACUCACAAAGUGGAUAUGGACAAACUUUUGGGUGGCCAGAUUGGUUUGGAGGACUUCAUAUUUGCUCACACGAAGGGCCAGAGGAAAGAGGUGGAGGUGUUUAAAGGAGAAGAUGCUCUUGGGCUCACCAUCACUGACAAUGGAGCUGGCUAUGCCUUUAUAAAAAGAAUCAGAGAAGGCAGUAUUAUUCAUCAGAUCCAGGUCAUCAACGUGGGUGACAUGAUUGAAUCCAUCAAUGGCCAGAUACUCAUCGGAUGUCGCCAUUAUGAGGUUGCCAAAAUGCUGAAGGAAUUACCCAAAGAGAAAACCUUUGUCCUAAAGCUGGUUGAACCUCUGAAGGCAUUUGACAUGAUCAGUCAGCGCUCUGGAAGCAGGUCGGGUUCUGUACAGUUAGGAACAGGAAGAGGAACUCUGCGUCUGAGAUCUAAAGGACCAGCCACUGUGGAGGAACUGCCCUCUGCAUUUGAAGAAAAAGCUAUUGAGAAAGUAGAUGACCUAUUGGAGAGCUACAUGGGUAUUAGAGACAGUGAACUCGCUGCCACGAUGGUGGAACUCGGAAAGGACAAAAAGAACCCGGACGAGUUUGCCGAAGCUCUGGACGAGACUCUGGGCGACUUUGCGUUUCCAGAUGAAUUUGUGUUCGACGUGUGGGGUGCCAUAGGCGACGCGAAGGUCGGUCGCGUGUAAUUCUAGAAAACGCUGCUCCAAGGAACACUAUAUAAUUUGUACAUUUUUGUGCUGUUUGGGCGUAUAAUCCGAGAUGUUUUAAAGAUCGCUGGAACCACCUGUAUGUAGUUUUUCUGUGUUUUUUUUAAGCUGGAGGACACAAUGUUGGAUGCAGUUUUAAAAUGGUCUUACUAGUAGAAUAUUAAGCGUCGAGAUGAAUUGAAGGUGUUAAUCGCAGGCUUUGGCUGCAGACGGGAGACUUUAGGGGUCCUGAAACAGCCAUCCCUGUGAAGUUUUUCUGUUACAUACUGUGACUUUCUCUUGCACUGUGUUGGCCUGCGCUGUAUAAACAAACUGCACGCUAUGGCACAGCUCACAGAACACACAGACAAUACACAGUGCUGUGCUGGUCUGCACUGUAGUGACCUCCACUGUGUGGAUCUGUAUUAUUAUUGAAGAGUUAUGGACCAACACUAGAAGCAUGUGCUAUCUUAUGUAUCAUGUUCUCUCUUUAUAUGAAGGCUUUGAAAUCGUGGUAAUGAAUUGUACAUUGCUGUGACCUCUAGUGCUUCUUUCCAUUCCCAGUUCUGUGACUUCCAUUGACAUAGGCGUUAUCUUUUAAAAGAACACAUUUUCAUUGUAGGAGUGCGGUGAAGUACCUUCUAAUGCCAAACAAAAGGAAAUCUUUUUCAGUAUUAGCAAAAGUAUUAUGAACAGCGUUUCAGCUGUUGCAGUAUUUAUCAUUCUAAGAAUUGCUGUCGGGUGGAAACCUUGUAUCUCCAUGUUUUUGUAUCUUUGUUCACAAAUCUUGACGAUUGGUCUUCCUUCAUGUUUUGUCUGUGGGGUUUGCUUGUUAACUCAUUGACAAAACACAGUGUUUCAUUAUUUACAAAACACAGUGUUUUUCCCAUUCCUGAAUAGUAGAGGACAGUCUGAAGAUCCAAGGUUUUCCGUUUGACAGCAUUGAAACGAAUGACAUAUAGGGCUGGGUGAGACAUUGCUUAAAAUGUUUCUGUGAAGGUAAAAUGUAACUGGACGAAAAAUAUGCACACCAGUUUAUCGUCUGAUCAUGUCUGAUGUGAAUACAUCCAUAGGGAUCUAUAGAUUCAAAAGAACCGUUGCAUCAUUAAUUCGUCGUUUACAAACUAAACACAAGCUUGAUAUUUCCUUGUUUUGUUUAUGUAAACAAAAACACUACAUGGUAAUGUACAUACAGCAAUAUGUACUGUUUUACUAAAAAAUUUUUCGUGCAUGAGGACAUGUGUGAACAGUUCUGAGCGAUAACUGGAAUGAAUUGAAGAUAGGAAUUGAUUCAUUGAAUCGACAGUCUGAACAGAUUCACCAAAUCUGUCCGAAUCAAAUAGUGAUAUUAACACUGCUUCUUGAUUUGUUAACACCCAGUUCUACAUAAAUGCUAAAAGAUGGAUGGGAUGAUGGAGUGAAUGAAGUGUUUUUUACAGAAAUCACACUACAGCCAUAUUCUUAAACAUGGCUAAGAAUAGCACACGUGUUACAGUAUCCAUGCCUUUAAGCAGGCACUUCAACACUGUACUUAUGUAUUUCACAUCUGUAUCAGAGCAUGUUUGAAAUGUUAAAUAUAUUGAUUAUGUGAUGGUAAAACUCUUUUCUUUCAUUAAUUAGCCGAAUGUCUUAUUUUCUUGUUUUACGGAGCAGAGCUGAAACGUUUUCUUUUUGUUUGUUUGUUUCUUUUCAUACUGUAAAGCUAUGCGUGUUGCUUGAACAUAGCUCUCUCGUGCACAUUUAGAUGAUGUUUCUAAGAAGUUAUAGUUUACACUGAUAAUGUUUUGAUGGUUUCAUGUCACACUGUACUACCUUUAUAUGGCAAUAAUCAUUAAAGAGUCUGUUAAAUCUGUAUUAUUCAGGGCAGAAAUGGUAUUGCACCACAUUGUAUUGCAUUUUUUUGUUAGAUCAGUUUCUCGAUAGUAUUAAAGUGCAGAAAAAGA